UUCUCUUCUAGCAUUCUAGAUUUCGAGAAUUUUAAUUUCGCAUAGUCAGCAGUUUCAAGGUCGCUAAGACUCAUUUAUUUGGAUAUUUCUACGUUCGAAAUGUGUAUACAGUUAGAGCAAUAUUUGCGUGUGCGCAGUUCACUCAUGUGAUAGAGUGUGAUAUGCCGGGAUUGGAGCAUAGCUUUGGCUUCCACACGAGUCCAUCCGCGUACGGCCUAAUGUCCGAUGGUGUCGCCUCCGAACAAGUGAAAAAGUUCUUUUUCACGUCAGGCAAAGCAUCUACAAAAAGUUCUUCCGACGACGACGACGAAGACGACAGUUUAGAAGUUUACAUUCCUGAGUUGUUGCAAGCUAGCUACAGUUUUUAUACUUGGCCCUCAGCACCAGUUUUAGCUUGGUAUUUAUGGGAACAUAGGAAAGAACUUACAGGAAAACGAGUUCUUGAGCUAGGAUCAGGGACAGCACUUCCUGGUAUAGUUGCAUGUAAAUGUGGUGCCUCUGUUAUACUUAGUGAUUCUGCAACUUUGCCAAAAAGUUUACAACAUCUUAAACGAAGCUGUGAAUUGAAUGGAGUAGUUUCACAAGUGAAAGUUGUUGGUAUAACUUGGGGAUUCUUCUUGUCAAGCUUAUUUUCACUUGGAUCUUUAGAUUUGAUUUUAGGUUCAGACUGUUUUUAUGAUCCUUCCGUUUUUGAGGAUAUUGUAGUUACUGUUGCCUUUCUUUUGGAAAGAAAUCCAGCAGCUAGGUUUCUUUGUACUUAUCAAGAACGUAGUGCUGACUGGUCAAUUGAACAUUUAUUAAACAAGUGGGGUUUGACUUGCACACAUGUACCACUUAACAAUCUAGGUGCAGAUUCCGGACUUGAUGUUCAAGAGUUGAUGCAAGAUCAUACGAUACAUCUACUGGAAAUCAAAAGAGCUUGAAACUUGAUAUGGCUUCAAAAGUUCUGAAUCCAAAAGUUGUUAAAAAUGCUACCCUUUUUGUAGCAAACCUCAACUGGACUACAGGACAAAACGAACUCAAAAAGCAUUUUACUAAAUUUGGGAACAUUGUCAAAACUUCUG